AUGGAUACGACAUCUCAUGCGUCACCGAGGCGCCUGUCAAUGAGCAGUAGGCAUGGUGUGAGCCGUGAAGCGGCCAAGACCAUUUCGGCGUGUCUCACAUGCAGACGGAAGAAGGUAAAGUGCUCCGGCGAAGCGCCGUGCACGUAUUGCACCAAGCGACAUCUGGAGUGCCAGUUCCCGCAGCCCGGAAAGAAGCGGGUCUACUCUGUUACGAGGAUACAGGAUCUCCAAGAGAGGCUCGCUCGGUACGAGGGUCAGGGGUUUAGCCUCGGGCCAACACUAUCACGAGAGAGUGAGACUGCCAGAGUACAAACCGCCCAAGCAGCAUCGCCAGACCGGCCACCGACGAGGGCCACAGCACAGACGCCCACGGAUAAUGCGACGCAGGUGAAUGCUGCUUCCACUCUGCUGGGAAUAGCACUGGAUCAACUCACCUCUCCAACACCGACCAACCCACCAUCUGGAGGUCAUGGAAACCACGUCGCAUCGUCCCCGGGCUCUGCCAUCGCGGCCGACUCAUCAUUGAGCUCCAGUCACACGUUUGGCUCACGCCUCCAAAAUCUUUUAGAGCAUCCCCGUCUAGGCCGUCGAGAGCCGAUGCAACCCCCCGCCCGCUCCCUCUCCCAGACAACGACUCUCAAACCCUCCGACGAUGGCGGCACCAGUGCUGGAGGUAUCACCCUCCCCUCAGAAGACGAAGCUCGCCGCCUCUUUGAGAGUAUGACCUUUUUCAUCGGGUACACGCAGCACCACAUCGACACGCGUGACUUCUCGGACCGCCUCGCUUUUUUCUAUGCCAACCUGGGGGAUAACUCACAGGCCAUAUCGCAGGCGCAAAUGCCGUGGUACCUCGAGAUGCUGCUCGUAUUUGCCAUUGGGAAGCUUUUCUCGGGGGGGUUCGACGGGGAGGAGAAGGGCGGGGGCUUGCCUGUUCCUGGGGCUAGCAUGUUCGCACAUGUGCAGGCUCGGUUGCCAAGUUUGAGUGAGCUGUAUGGGUUGGGUAAGUUGGGCAUUGAGAUUCAUGCCUUGGCAGCGGUGUAUUUGCAGAAUGCAAAUCGAAAGGAGGAGGCGUAUCUCUAUAUCAGCUCAGCUCUUCGACUGGCGACGACGCAUGGGUACCAUCGCAAGUCCGGGACACAGCACUUGUUGCAGUCAGAGAAGGUGCAUCUGAACCGUCUCUGGUGGACCGUGUAUAUGCAAGAGAGACGGCUUGCAGCAGCCACUGGCAACCCUGCUGGGAUUCUGGACGACGUUAUUGAGAUUGAUAUGCCGACGGACUCGCCAGGUUUUCCGCCAGCGCUGCCGCUCAGAACUAAUAUCAAAAUCGCAAGAGUUACCGGAAGGAUCCUAUCAACCAUCUAUGGACCAGGGAACCAUCCGGAAGAGACAUUCGUCCCAAACGUGCAAGAGAUUGUGCAGUCGCUGUACUGGAUCGCCAAGGAGAUCCCGGGCGAGUUCUCGCCCAAGCUGUCUGAUAUGCCGUCCAUGGAAGGCGAUGUCUCUUUAAGAACCUCGGCAUAUCUUCACAUGAUGCUAUACCAGGCGAUUCUCCUGACGAUACGACCAGUGAUGCUCCACGUCUCGAAACUCAUCUUUGACGAGGAAAGCGGAGACGGUCUAAGCCUGGGGUCCUCGCCACUCGGGCGACUAAGUCGAACGUGUUCAGAAGCGGCUCGUCGACUGCUCGAGGUCCUGAUGUUAUUACGGAAGAGGAAUAUCCUGACGACCUUUGGCUUCUUCGAUCUGGACGCAAUCUUCUCGGCGGCCUUCAUUAUGAUCCUGACGAUGACAAUCGAUUCGACAUGUGACGAAAGCCAGAAAUUAGCACCCAGCCCGGGAUUAUCAGAAGCGUUGGAGAUUCUCGACUACCUGGUGGGCCGCGGCAACGAGUUCGCGCUCCAGCGCGCCAGAGAAGUGCGACGGAUGCGUGACCACCUGUCGACCUUUCUGGACAUUCCGAAGAACAGCCCGAGCGAGUUCCGUUCGCAUCCCGCGGCGGCGACUAGAUCGGAAUCCGCUCGUGGGCAGCAGUCUCCCGCGACGAUGGUGGUGUCUACGUCGUCGGAGGAUAAAGGUACUGGCGAAGAUACCAGAGCACGUCAGCAGAGCUUCCGAGAUAUGACGAUGCGGAGAUCAGUCGAGAGAGGGGGCUUGACGCCUUCAGGGAGUAGCAGGGCGAGCCAGUUGGGAUCGCGAAGUCUGCUGGACUCGAGUCUGUGGAACGAUAUUUCGUAUCUUUGGAUGCAGCCCGCUGGAGCCGAGGAUGCGCAAGCGUUUGACCAGGCAGAGGGGAUGGCGGAUUUUUUGCCCGAAGAUGCGUUUAACUGGAAUUCGAUCUAUCAUAACCAGGAUCUAGCUCUAACGGGGCAAGAUCUGGGUGACUUUGGGGAGUUGGAGAGGCAUAUCUUGGGAUUUGGCGGGUGA